AUGCUGAUCGGCAAGCUAGUGCUUAUGGGAAUAUUUUUCCUGACCCGGACUUUAGGACAAUUGCACGAGGAAAAUACCCAACUGCGCUAUUCAAGAUCUGUGGUGAAUAUGGACGAUUUGCUGAAAAUAGAGGAUUAUCUGGUUGUCAAUCUGCAAAAAUUUGCUGAUUUGCUCUUCCAUAAGGCCAAAACCAUUAGAUGGGGAAUCUAUCAUAUGAGGAAAAUUUACCAGAAGCUGGAAGAAUCUAGAAAAGAUUUACUAAAUCCAUUCGAAAGUUAUUCCCUCAUUCGUCACAUGCAAUCGGAUUGGUUAAUGUGGCAAUUGUUCCUGAAAAAACCCGUUUCUCAAGAAAAAAUUGAUUUUAUGAAGUCUGAGGACCAUAAAAUGCCACAGGAUCAUGACUUUGUUGAUGCAGCUGAAGGGAUUCGAAAAAUCCAAGCCACAUAUAAAAUAUCGUCUGUUGAUAUGGCAUAUGGUCUGCUAGAUGGAGUACAAUACAACUCUACGUUAGCACCUUUAGAUUGCCUUGCAAUGGGUGAUCAUCUGCUGGCGGAAGGGCGACUUCCAAAGGCUGAGGACUGGUUUCUUACAGGACUUAAAACUGACGAUCGUCCAGGUUCUCAAACAGAGAUUCAGUUGCUAAGGGGUCCCAUUAAACCAGAACUCUACAGAAGGCUGGGGAAAACGCGGAUGGAGCAGGCAAACUAUGAGGGCGCCCUGCAGGCCUUUAAGAUUGCCCAAAAGCUCUCGCCCCAUGACUCAAAAAUAUUCCUGGAGUAUCGGGACUUGGAAAUAAGAGCUCUUGCCUUAUCAGGAAUCGAAUUAGAAGAGGAGGAAGAAGAGGUGGAAGAUACUGAAAGAAUGUUUUUGCCCCCAUGUUGCAGUGGUCGCUGUGAAGUUCCCAAAGAACUAAGGAACCUCUAUUGUGUUUACAACCAUGUGACUGCUCCUUAUCUCAGACUUUCCCCCAUCAAAACGGAGCUUAUAUCCAUUGAUCCCUUUGUGGUGAUCUUCCAUGACAUGAUCUCCCCCAAGGAUAGUGCUCUAAUACGAUCUAUUAGUAAAAAUCACCUACAUCCAUCCGCCACAGUAAAUGUGGAUGCACCAAGGGAACAGCAUAUGGUAGCCGACUUUCGUACUUCGAAGUCAGUUUGGUACGAUUACGAUCACAACGAGGCUACCAGGAAUAUACAUGAACGCCUGGGCGAUGCAACUGGUCUGGAUAUGAGGUUUACAGAGUUCUUCCAGGUCAUCAACUAUGGAUUGGGGGGCUUCUUCGAGACACAUAUCGACAUGCUGCUUUCGGACGAAGCUCGAUUCAACGGAACCUUUGAUCGUAUAGCUACGGCACUCUUCUAUCUAAGUGACGUUCCACAGGGCGGUGGCACCUACUUCCCAAAACUGAACACCACGGUUUUUCCGAAGGCAGGAUCGGUUCUCUUCUGGUACAACUUGGAUACAAAGGGUAAUGAUCUCAUGACUACCCUGCAUACAGGAUGUCCCGUCCUCGUGGGUUCCAAAUGGGUUGUCAGUAAGUGGAUAACAGAUAUGGGUCAAGAGUUCACUAGGCCCUGCAUCGAUUCUAUUUCUAGUGCAAAGUACUUGGCAUCUGUUGAAAAACUUAUAAUUUAAUUUUGUAUGCGUUAUGUUUUAAAAAUUAAAUGAUAAAUGUAGAAUGUAAAA